GUUGCACGUUAUUAUUGUUGCUGCCGAUUUUAUCCUGUUUUCAAUGAGAAUGUCGUGAAUUUAUCCCAGUUUAAGAACAGGAGUAUUCUUUUAUCCGAAAGUAAUAUUCGUGGCUUAGCAAAUUUAUCGAAUAACUUUAGAUAUGGCGGAAGUUUCUUUGCUCAUCGACGGUCAGAUGUUCAAAGCAAAAAAAGAAGUUUUAUGCGAGCACAGCGAUUAUUUUCGUGCUAUGUUUAGCGGUAACUAUGUGGAAAAUGACAAAAAAGAAAUAUCCAUAGACGUGAUUGAUGCUGAAUCUAUGAAGAUAAUAUUGCAAUACAUGAACAUAGGUUUAAUUGAUCUCACAGAAUAUUCCUUAUCCACUAUUGGUGAGUUAGUAACUGCUGCAAACUUCUUACAAAUCACAGAGUUAAUUAAGCAAAUUGAGUAUACUUUGGAACUCCAAAUAUCACCAGCAAGCUGCAUGGAAAUCAUGAAUAUUGCACAGAAUUCAGCAUUUACACAGAUAGAACAACUAUCUGCCACAUGUACAUUACUUUCAUUUAAGUCUAUGAAACCAGAGUAUAUUCCAAACUUGGCCAAACUUUGCUGGUAUCUAUCACACCCAUACUUAAAUGCUUCAAGUGAACUAGAUGUAUUUAACUUUGGGCAUAUGUGGCUUUUACAAAAUGAAACUGGUGGAGACGCUUUGCUCAUUAUUCUUGGUUGUUUAGACAUUAAAAAGCUCAAUCUUUCUGAUAUAACACAGAUCAAAACUUGUAUGUUAGAAUACCAGAAUAGCUUAGCUGCUAAAGUGGUUGACUGUCUUCACAAUUUAGCUGUACUUGACAUGGAAUUAUCUGUAGUCUCAAUACAAUCUCAAGAAAAGAUGUUGACGCAUACAUAUACAGAGCGGGUUUAUAAUGAAACGUUGAACUUGGUUAAGGAAAGCCGAUCUAGAUGUUUAACUUACACUCCAGCGGUGCCGGUGUGGGCGAUGAAGGAUGCUAAAUUAGAGAUGGUACCACACCAUAUGUAUACAUUCAGGGAAAAAGUUGGUUUUGAGAACUGGCUGGAAGUUGCAGAGAAGAAUCUUUGGGGCUGGAGCGUUGUGGGCUGGGGGCCGACGAAGAUAGUGGUUGUUUGCGGAGAACAUGGGCGAGGCACGGGGCUGUUCAUGAAGGAUGUAAAAGUUUACGAUGUGUUGAAGAAAGAGUGGGCUCGGCAUGGAGUGGAGUUGCCGGCUCGGAGACAUGGAGGAGUGGCUAUAGUGGAGGAUUCCCUUUAUCUUAUUGGAGGCGUAGGUGGGUUUAGGGUAACAUUGGACACUGCAGUGGUAUACGACUUGAAACAGCGCUCGCACAGGAAGAUCGCGAAACUACCGGACGCCAUACAGAGCCCAGCUGUGUGCGCGCACGAAGGCACCAUAUAUGCCGCGGGGCACAAUAACAUAUACAAGUACGAGGACUUGGGAGACAGAGAUCGAUGGAUAACGGUAGUCGGCACACAGAUCCGGUCGAGCUGUAUGGCGUCGUUCAAGGGCUACAUUUACUGCACACAGAGCUACUUCAGCCACCUUUACCGCUUCAGGCCCGGAGUGGACGACCGGCUCUACGCGGUCACGCAGUUUACCAAUCCACCGGCUACUUUUUGUAACUUAGGUAAGAUAACGGUAGUCGGCACACAGAUCCGGUCGAGCUGUAUGCCGUCGUUCAAGGGCUACAUGUACUGCACACAGAGCUACUUGAGCCACCUUUACCGCUUCAGGCCCGGAGUGGACGACCGGCUCUAUGCGGUGACACAGUUUACCAAUCCACCGGCUACUUUUUGUAACUUAGGAAACCGUCUACUAUUUUUCACUCGAUCCAUGUGCGGUCAAGCCGACGUCCUGAACGUGGAAGAAUACCUCGGAAAUAGCACAGAAGAGAAGCCGAAAGUCAUCUGGCGGCAGAGCGAGAGCGCGAUAAAGCUUAACGAUGUAGCUGGCUCCUGUUCAUUGGUGUUGUCUGUACCGCCAUUAAGGCCAGAUAGCUCGAAUUAUACUAAGAAGUAUUUAAAGAGGUAUGAAACACAGUAAUGUGACUAUUUAACGUUAAAGCUGUCAAGAUGUCGAAAUUAAACUUUCGUGAGACGUAUUUUAAACUGUUUAGACGACAACGAUUUCAAUAUACAUUUGUAUGUACAUUGUUUUUGUAUGUAUAAUGUAUAGAUGUAGUGUAUAAUAAUCCUUUACCGUCGUAUUUUCACGGAAACGCACGAACGUGUUAUGCUAUUUCAGCCAGUCUCGGUAAAAAACUACUGAGUUAGACUAAAGUAGCAUGACAAAUAGGAACGUUUCCGAGAAAAUACGAUGGAAAAUAAUUAUGCACUACAUCCGUAGUAUUUACCUACUUACGUUUUUUCUUACAUUUUACAUGUUUUAUUCGCUCAAUGAAUUUUUGGUAUCAUGGAAGUCUGGCUUGUGGUUUCCAAGAUUAUAGUUUCUAACCUUCCCUUACUCAAAGUCGAAAAUAUAGUCUAUAAUAAUAUAAAAAUCAUAUUAGAAUACUGAGUAUACUGACUGAAUGACAAUAUUUAAAACUGAGAGUAUGAGACUGAAGAGGCCGGUAACGAUUUUAGAGCAGAAAUGUAAAAUUGAUAGAUUUAGUCGUUGAAAUUGUACACCUUUUGUUACGUAAUAUCUAAAUAACAAGUAUUGGUUUCUAUUA